AUGAAUAACUACGAGGAUUACGGCUAUGAAGAUCCAAGGUCUAAUAAUAGAAGGUAUCGACAACAAGCACAGAAUGAUGGUUCAGGGGGAUAUGAACAACAGCAGUAUGAAUAUCCCAAUGCAUCGCCUUCAGGAGUCUCCUACGAUAACUUCGUGAAUCAUCGCCCUAGGGACAAUCGUCUCGAAACUGAAACGGCUUAUAACGAUGCUUUCAUCAACAAUGUCCCCGACGCGGGAUACCAGCAGAUGCCAUCGAUAAAUGUGAUCCAGCACACGCCCGAUGUUAUACAGAAUCCGCAACUGAUGUCGGCAAACGGCGUCGCUGCUGGAACUGCUGCUCCAUAUUUCAACGACGAUGAUUAUUACUAUCGAAGCCAGUUGAACACGCAGAGUAGAUCUAGUAUGGGAUCAACGUCCGAUCUGGAUUACGUUGGAGAUCAAGCUAAAAGGCCUAUUUUGGACUAUCAGGGCAAUAUGCAUGUUUUCAACGAGGAUCCGCUGGCAACGGGUCGCUAUAGACAUGGUGAACAGAGCUUUGAUGAUCCAGAGGAGGGCUAUAUCGACCAGCGCGGUGACGACUAUCAGAUCAAUACUUAUCUGGAUAGAGAUGGAGAAAUGGUAGAUCCGUAUAAGACCAGAGACAUCGAUAUGGAACAGCAGGCACAGAAAUACCACUUUUAUGGCUCAGAAGAUGCAGAACAGGAGGGUGAUUUGAGCACUAGCAGUUUUGAUGGGCAAUCACAUAGGGAUCUCGGGGAUUACGACGAUGUAAACACUUUGGAGAGACUUAAUUAUUCGGCAAGCGGUGUUCCGCCUUCCGCUUCCACCUUCUCAUUGCCGCCUAAUGAAGGUGAGCUCGGCAAAGAAGCGGAAAGGAGAGUACCAAAGCGGAAUCCGACUAUCAUGAGGAAAUUUAAAUUAUGGAAAGGUAAUUUUAUCUUUGAUUCGCCCAUUAGUCAAUCGUUAUUGCAGCAGUACUCGAAGGCUGGAGAACAUAACAUUUCAAAUGAGUUCAAAUUCAUGAGAUAUCAGGCUGUGACAUGCGAGCCAAAUCGACUAGCCAUGGAGAAUUUUACAGUGAGACAGUUGAAGUACUUAACUCCAAGGAGAACCGAGCUUAUGAUCGUUAUUACAAUGUACAAUGAGGACCACAUUCUGCUGGGUAGGACGCUAAAAGGUGUAAUGGAUAACAUUAAGCAUAUGGUCAAGAAAAAAAACUCUAGUACGUGGGGACCAGACGCUUGGAAGAAGAUUGCAGUUUGUAUCGUAUCCGAUGGACGUUCGAAAAUAAACGAAAAAUCGUUGGCAUUAAUGAGUGCGCUGGGUUGCUAUCAAGAUGGAUUUGCCAAAGACGAAAUCAAUGGCAAAAAGGUGGCCAUGCAUGUUUACGAACACACAACCAUGAUGAAUAUCACAGGUGUCACGUCGAAAGGACUUGAACUGACGAGCAGCUCAAAUACUGUCCCGGUUCAGUUUUUAUUCUGUUUGAAGGAGCAAAAUCAGAAAAAGAUUAAUUCUCAUAGAUGGGCCUUUGAAGGCUUCGCUGAAUUGUUACAGCCGAAUGUUGUGACGCUACUGGAUGCAGGUACAAUGCCGGGAAAAGACUCAAUUUAUCAACUCUGGCGAGAGUUUCGCGAUCCCCAAGUUGGUGGUGCAUGUGGUGAGAUAAAGGCUGAACUGGGAAGGGGGUUCAGAAAUUUAAUCAAUCCUUUGGUCGCCUCUCAGAACUUUGAAUACAAAAUGUCUAAUAUCUUAGACAAGACGACGGAAUCUAAUUUUGGUUUCAUCACAGUUUUGCCCGGAGCAUUCUCUGCAUACAGGUUUGCAGCAGUUCAAGGCCAACCUUUGCAGAAGUACUUUUACGGCGAGAGUAUGGAAGGUAGUGGAUUUCAUUUUUUCUCUUCCAACAUGUAUCUGGCUGAAGAUCGUAUUCUUUGCUUUGAAGUUGUCACGAAGAAGGAUAGUAACUGGAUUUUAAAGUACUGCAGGAGCUCGUAUGCAUCAACCGACGUUCCAGAACGUGUUCCUGAGUUUAUUCUCCAGCGAAGACGCUGGCUGAAUGGUUCCUUUUUCGCAGGAGUAUAUGCAUUUUUUCAUUUCCAUAGAAUAUGGACUAGCGGGCAUUUUAUCGGAAGAAAAUUCCUCCUAAGCAUCGAAUUCUUUUAUUUGCUCAUCAAUACCAUCCUAUCGUGGUUUUCAUUAAGCUCCUUCUUCCUGGUUUUCCGUAUUCUCACAUUAUCUAUUGCAUUGACAUACCACUCCGCUUUCAGCGUGUUAUCGGUGAUUUUUUACUGGCUUUACGGUAUCUGUUUAGUGUCAACGUUUAUCCUUUCGUUGGGUAACAAACCAAAGAGCACAGAAUGGUUUUACGUCGCAACUUGCAUCUUUUUCGCUGUGUUGAUGGUAUACAUGAUCUUUUGCAGUAUUUUCAUGAGUGUCAAGUCGUUCCAGAACAUUUUGGAUUCUGGUCAUGUCACUUUCAAGGGAUUGGUCCUCAAGCAGACUUUUAGGGACAUGGUUGUGUCCCUCGGUUCGACUUACUGCCUAUAUUUGUUGAGUUCGAUAAUAUACCUGCAGCCAUGGCAUAUGUUAACCAGUUUCUUCCAAUACAUUCUUCUCAGUCCCUCGUAUAUCAACGUGCUGAACAUUUACGCUUUUUGUAAUGUUCACGACAUCUCCUGGGGUACAAAAGGUGCCUCUGCGAAGCCUCUAGGAAAGAUAACGGCGAAAGACGACGGUACAUUCAAGAUGGAGAUCUUGGUCUCGAACCAAGAGAUUCAAUCCAACUAUGACAAGCACAUGGCUGUCCUCAAUAAUAUGGAUGCUGAUGAAAGCGAACAACAAGAAGUGCCCUUCGAAGAACAGAAAGCGGGAUACUACGCCAAAGUCCGUUCGCUUGUCAUCAUUCUCUGGUUAUUAACCAAUUUCGUAGUUGUUGCAGUGGUACUGGAAGCUGGCGGUAUAGGAGACUACCUAGCCAUGAAACCACAGCAACCAAACGUGGACAGCACAUCUACGGCCGAGAGACCAGUAAUUACCAAGAAGGCCACGAUAUAUUUCAGUAUCAUUCUAUGGAUUGUAGCGUUGCUCGCCAUAGUCCGCUUUCUCGGCUGUGUCAUCUACAUGUUAUCAAGGAUAUGGAGGAAGGUAACAUUCAGAUAG